AUGGACGACGACCUCUAUGAUGAAUUCGGCAACUACAUUGGCGCCGACGAUUCAGACGAGGAUGGUUCGGCAAACUUGCAGGCAGCACCUGCCGCUCGAAUAACAAAUGGAGCACAGAUGGAGUCGAUGCAAGUAGAUGGAGAGGUGGAAGAGGAGGCAGAGCCGCAAAAUCAAAUUAUAUUGCACGAAGACAAGCAGUACUAUCCUUCUGCAGCUCAAAUAUAUGGCGAAGAUGUCGAGGUCAUGGUCCAGGAAGAAGAUGCACAGCCGCUGACUGAGCCAAUUGUCAAGCCGGUCCGUCAAAAGCGAUUCACUGUGGAGCAAGACGAUUUGCCUGAAGUUGUCUUUGAUCGGUCGCUCAUGCUGCAAUCUAUGGCCUUCCCAGACUUUGUGCGUAAUGUCGCAGUCGUUGGUCAUCUACAUCAUGGAAAGACGGCACUCAUGGAUAUGCUCGUCUAUCAGACCCAUCCAGAAGUAGAGGAGCCUAAAAAGGACCAACAGCUUCGCUUUACAGACAUGCAUGCCCUAGAACGCGAUCGUGGUAUGAGCAUCAAGGCAACGCCCAUCACACUCAUGCUACCAAAUACAAAAGGCAAGAGCCUUGUUUGCAAUUUCAUCGACACGCCUGGUCACGUCAACUUUAUUGAUGAAGUGGCGGCCAGCAUACGCCUAGCUGAUGGCAUCGUUCUCGUGGUGGACGCGGCAGAAGGCUUCAUGCCAGAUAUGAAUCGAGUGCUACAGUACGCCGUUUCAGAAGGUGUGAGCCUAACGCUCGUUAUCAACAAAGUCGACCGCUUGAUUUUGGAGCUCAAACUUCCGCCAGCAGAUGCAUACUACAAGCUCAAGCACGUUAUUGAAGAAGUCAAUUGUGGCAUUGCUUCCUUUGACUCAAGCGACCGGCUGCGUUUGAGUCCAGAGCGAGGUAACGUCUGCUUUGCAUCAGCCAGCAUGAACUGGUGCUUCUCUCUCCGCUCGUUUGCCAAAUUUUACGCAGACACAUUCGAAGGCAUCAUGCUUGAUCAAUUCACUCAAAGGCUAUGGGGAGAUAUCUACUUUGAUCCGGCAUCACAUAAAUUCACGAAAAAGGCGGCGCCUGGCGCGUCAAGGUCUUUUGUUCACUUUGUGCUUGAGCCCAUCUACAAACUCUACUCAAGCGCUCUAUCAGAAGAUGCUUCAGUACUGCGGCAUACAUUGGCUGACUUGCAUAUUGUUUUACGGCCGGCUGCUUACAAAAUGAACGCAAGACCGCUGCUCAAAUUGAUUUGUCGGGAAUUCUUCGGGCCUGCGACAGGUCUCGUUGAUAUGCUUUUUGAACAUGUUGCAUCGCCUGCCGAUAAUGCUGCGAGAAAAGUGGAAAAUCACUAUACCGGGCCGCAAGAUACGGUCCUUGCCAAAUGUAUGAAAUCAGGCGAUGCACAAGGACCGCUCGUUAUUCACAUCACAAAGCUCAUCAGCGCCGCUUCUGCCGAGUCAUUUAGUGCGCUUGGUAGAAUAUACUCUGGUACAGCCACACGGGGUCAAACUGUCCGCGUAUUGGGAGAAGCCUAUGCUCCUGAUGACGAAGAAGACAUGGCCUUUGCCAAGAUCUCAUCAAUCGUUGUACCCGGUGCACGCUAUCGCUUUGGCGUCGAGGAAAUGGGUCCUGGUUGUCUUGUACUGAUUGACGGUAUCGACAAGAGCAUCUCCAAAACGGCGACUAUCGUCUCCAAGGACCAUGACGAAGAGUGUCACAUCUUUAGGCCGAUUCAGCACAUGACGGAGUCGACGAUGAAGCUUGCCGUUGAGCCCAUCAAUCCCGCUGAGCUGCCGCGCAUGCUUGAUGGUCUGCGAAAAAUCAAUAAAUCCUACCCACUUGCAGUGACAAAGGUGGAAGAAUCCGGGGAGCAUGUCAUCUUGGGAACAGGAGAGCUAUACAUGGACAGUAUCAUGCACGACCUACGGAAGUUGUACUCGGAGAUCGAUAUUAAAGUGUCUGAUCCCGUGGUUCGCUUCUGCGAGACUGUCAUUGAUACGUCUGCCAUCAAGUGCUAUGCUGACACGCCCAACAGAAAGAACCGGAUAACGAUGAUUGCCGAGCCCCUCGACGACAGUAUUGCGCAAGACAUUGAGCGUGGCCAAGUGGAUAUUCGUUGGCCAGCGUCGAAACUCGGUAAGCACUUUGAGGAGCGCUAUCACUGGGACGUGUUGGCAUCUCGAUCAGUCUGGGCGUUCGGCCCCGAAGAGAAUGGUCCGAACAUACUGCAAAAUGAUACACUGCCGACUGAGGUGGACAAAAAGCUGCUGUUCAGCGUGAAAGAGCAUCUGAAGCAGGGUUUCCAGUGGGCGACACGCGAAGGACCUUUGUGUGACGAAAGCAUACGCGAUGCACGCUUCAAGAUUCUGGAUGUAUCACUCGCUAGUGAAGCACUAUACCGUGGCGGUGGUCAAAUGAUUCCGACCGCACGGCGAGUGUGCUAUGCAUCUAUGCUGACUGCGAAUCCACGACUCAUGGAGCCCGUCAAUCAGGCGAUGAUAACAGCGCCUGCUGACUGUAUUCCUGCCAUCUACAAUGUCCUCGCAAACAGACGUGGGCAUGUUACGCGCGAGGGGCCCUUGGCUGGAACGCCGCUCUAUACCCUCAGUGCUCUUCUCCCAGUGAUUGACUCGUUUGGAUUUGAGACUGACUUGCGGAGUCAUACACUGGGUCAAGCCUUUUGUCAGCAAAUCUUUGAUCACUGGCAGGUCGUGCCAGGUGACCCACUCGAUCAAACUGUCAAAUUGAGACCACUGCAGGCGGCAGCUCCACAAGACAUGGCGCGGGAUUUCAUGAUCAAAACACGGAAACGCAAGGGACUCAAUGCCCAGGUAAGCGUACGGAAGUAUAUCGACGAGGAGAUGGCUGAGCUCUUGCUGAAGAAUGAGGUGCUCGAUGCAGCAUUGCUCUAG